AUGGCACAGCUGCUGGGGAAAGCGACUACUCUUGGUCUUAAAUUUUCUUCCUGGGCCUUUCAGAUUCAACCAUUGUAUGAACAUCUUCAUGCUUAUGUGAGGGCAAAGCUGAUGGACACCUACCCUUCCCAUAUCAGCCCAACUGGAUGCCUCCCGGCCCAUUUGCUUGGCGAUAUGUGGGGUAGAUUUUGGACAAACCUGUACCCUCUGACAGUCCCCUUCGGACAGAAACCAAACAUAGAUGUUACUGAUACAAUGGUGAACCAGAGCUGGGAUGCAAGGAGGAUAUUUGAGGAGGCUGAGAAAUUCUUUGUGUCUAUUGGCCUUCCCAACAUGACUCAAGGAUUCUGGGAAAACUCCAUGCUAACAGAGCCAGGCGACAGCCGGAAAGUGGUCUGCCACCCCACAGCUUGGGACCUAGGGAAGCAUGACUUCAGGAUCAAGAUGUGCACAAAGGUGACGAUGGAUGACUUCCUGACAGCCCAUCAUGAGAUGGGACACAUCCAGUAUGACAUGGUAUAUGCUGCACAACCCUUCCUGCUAAGAAAUGGAGCUAAUGAAGGGUUCCAUGAAGCUGUUGGGGAAAUCAUGUCACUUUCUGCAGCUACACCGAAGCAUUUGAAAAACAUUGGUCUUUUGCCACCUGGUUUUUCUGAAGACAAUGAAACAGACAUAAACUUCCUAUUCAAACAAGCACUUACAAUUGUUGGAACUCUACCAUUUACUUACAUGUUAGAAAAGUGGAGAUGGAUGGUCUUUAAGGGUGAAAUUCCCAAAGAGCAGUGGAUAAAAAAAUGGUGGGAGAUGAAGCGAGACUUAGUCGGGGUGGUGGAACCCUUGCCCCAUGAUGAAACAUACUGUGACCCUGCAUCUCUGUUCCAUGUUGCUAAUGAUUACUCAUUCAUCAGAUACUAUACAAGGACCAUUUAUCAAUUCCAGUUUCAAGAAGCCCUUUGUCAAAUAGCUAAACAUGAAGGUCCCCUACACAAAUGUGAUAUCUCCAAUUCCAGUGAAGCCGGGCAGAAGCUGCUGUAA